AGACCACUUUAUCUGAGAAGAUUUGCCUGGUAAGGGUUAAUCUUUUCUAAGGAAGCCUGCCUGAAAGGGUUGGCUCCUUGAACAAAGCCCCUAAUUUAAGCAAAAACAUCCUGUAUACACAACAAUGAUAACGACACCAGAUGUCUUGUAGUCACGGAACAUAUAUCACAAAAAUGUAGUAAACAGUACCAUAAAUUUUGUAGAUAACAUUUGAUUGAUUUGUAGCAUAUAGAAAAUACACGUACUCAUAUUGUUUGUUAACCUAUACUGAUGACCUUUACGAUAUGUAUCAACUAUAAAAGAACAUAAGAAGUAAGAAUAAAUGGUCACUUGCCCUAAGAGCAGUGGUCCGCCUGUCCUUCAUCGUCCUGGAAAGAGCUGGUCUCUGACAAAUGGUGCCGAAACCCGGGAAACUCGGUUGCCUUUGACCAGGGUGAGCUGCCUCCGAAUCAACAGAACCGCGAUUUUCCGUUGACCAAGUCUGAGACUAAGUCUGGAUCCAGCCGCACCUAAGCCCUUUCUAUAAGGUGUCUUAGAAAGCAAGGGGGUCCAGACUGAACCUCGUCACUCAACGGUAGGGCUCCCUCAUAUUCAGCAUUUACAAUUUAAAAUAUGGGACAUGUACAUAGUACGGAAAGACAGCUGUUUGUAGCUAUGGUUAAGACAUUGUUAAAAAGUCGAAAUAUAUCUGUAACCACCAAGCAAGUGGGUGGAUUUUUAGAAUUUAUAGACACUGUGUGUCCUUGGUUUCCGAAUAAAGGCACUAUUAAUUUAGAAACAUGGAAUAGGGUCGGUGAAAACAUUAAAGGCUAUUAUGCUGCUAACGGCCCUGAUAAGAUCCCUAUAGAUGCUUUUCCUUUAUGGAUUUUAAUUAAAGAAUGUUUACAAGGUGAUACUGAAUAUGAUAAAUGGCAACGACAAACACGUCCUCGAUCUCGUUCAGCGGAUUCAGGUUUAAAACCUUCUGCUCUUACUAAUCCCGAUUCACAACCCUCUGCUCCACCUGAAUAUCCAUCAAUAAUCAAUAAUGAACAAAAAGAUAUUCAGGAAUCUAAUUUUAAAAAUCCCUUUCUUAUGUACUCAAAUACGGGAGGUAAAAAAUGCCGACCGUUAAAACAAAGCAAGAGCGCCUUGAGACCUAUAGAAUUAUCUGAAGAAUUAUCCUCCGAUGAGGAAGCUGAAUUAGAAAAAGAAGCUGCUCAGUAUCAUAAUGAAGAUGAUCAAGUGUUUGUUAAUACACCUUUUAAAUUGAAGAAACAGCAAACACUUUUAAAAAAGGAACCUGUUGUUUUACCAGCAAUAGAAGCUGGUAGACGUCCGCCCCCUCCUGACAUAUAUCAUCAAAUAUCACCUCACUCACCCUUACAGUUAUCAUUGCUACAAGCUAAACAACAAGGUGAAGAUGUGAGUGGGUUUUUCAAAAAUAUUGCAUGCUUAUCCUAUAACAUAUGCUCCUCACCCUACUCAAGCCAAUGUUAGAAUUGCUACAUAUACAUCCAUUCCAUUUAAGAAUCUUAAAGAAUUGAAAACAGCUGCUGUUCAAUAUGGUGCAACUGCACCAUAUACUAUUGCUAUUUUAGAGACAAUUGCAGCUGAAGUUCUUCCCCCAUGGGACUGGAAAGGCUUAGCUAAAGCUACCUUAACGGGAGGAGAAUAUUUGUUAUGGCUUACAGAUUUUAUGGAUUCCUGUUAUGAUUAUUCUCAAAAACCACACUUUCGCCAACAAGGAAUUACUCAUGAAAUGUUAGCUGGCACAGGACCGCAUGUUGAUCUGGCACAACAAUUAACUUAUCCUGCUGCGACAUAUGAUGCCAUUCGAGAAAUUGGUUUGAAAGCCUGGAAAGGGCUACCUAGACAUGGAAUGUCUAGGGAAGAAUUAACUAAAGUCCGACAGGGACCAGACGAACCUUAUCAUGAUUUUGUAUCUCGUUUGUUACAAACUUCAUCUAGGCUCAUACAAGACACCGAUUCAGCUAUGAUUUUAGUUAAGGAAUUAGCUUUUGAAAAUGCUAAUAAUAUCUGUCAAUCCAUAUUAAGACCUUGGAAAAAUAAAUCAACAUUAAACGACUAUAUCAGAUUAUGUUCUGAUGUUAGCUCUGGAUAUAUUCAAGGCAUAGUCACUGCCGCAGCACAACAGGGCAAACCUGUUGAGCAAGUUUUAGCUGCAAUGCAAUUUAAGAAAAACAGAAGGGUUGCAGGCCCUCCUGGUAGCUGUUUUCAUUGCGGACAAAUGGGGCAUCAGGUACGUCAAUGUCCUAAUAAAAAGAUUCCGAAUCAUAAUGGAGGAAAGAACCCAAGUCUGUGCCCAAAAUGUAAAAAAGGUAAUCAUUGGGCUAAUGAAUGCCGAUCUAAAUAUGAUAAGAAUGGCAAUUCUUUGAUACAGCCGGGAAACUUCUCAAUGGGCUUGCCCCGGGCCCACCCAAACAAACAGGGGAUGUAUCCUGUGCAGGUGCAAACCUCAGAGCACCAGCUAAACAAUCCAUUUCACAACUCCACCGAGCCACCAGUCAUAGUGCCGGACUGGACCUGUGUUCCUCCUCCCACUUCGUAUUAACACCUGAAAUGGGGGCACAAGCUAUCCCAACAGGGAUAUAUGGCCCAUUACCUGCGGGAACAUGCGGCUUGGUAUUGGGACGAAGUAGUCAGAGCAUGAAAGGAUUGCGAGUUAUACCAGGACUAAUUGAUUGUGAUUAUGAAGGAGAGUUAAAAGUUAUGUUACAAUCUGAAACUUCUGUCUUUAAUCUACCUGCAGGAACAAAAAUUGCACAGUUGCUUUUAAUUCCUUAUGUUUCAUCUAUAGGAAAAGCUGAUUCCCACAUUCGGGGAACAGGCGGUUUUGGAUCUACUGACGUUUAUCUUUUACAGCCCAUCAAUCAUCAGAGACCUGAACUUCAGUUAACUAUUGACAAUAGAGUUUUUAUGGGACUUUUGGACACCGGAGCAGAUGUAUCGGAAUUGCUCAGCGAAUAGAAGAUGCUCGCAUUAAAGAUGUGCGCAAUCGACGCCUUUUUGACCUGCUUAGAGCCAUGCAGGCUGCUAUCCGGCAGCGCACAUCUCCAUAUUGUGUGAUACACAUCAGAAGUCAUAAGUAUGACAUUGGUUUAGGAGCAGGAAAUGCUAGAGCGGACAAGCUGGUAGCUUUGGGAGUGCCUGUAAAUAAAUUCAAUCAGGCAAGAGAAGCCCAUGCCACCUUUUAUCAAAAUCCCAGAGGCCUAAAGAGAAGUUUUGACCUCUCAAUAGAGGAUGCUCGAGCAAUAGUGAGGGCUUGCCCGCAGUGUAGCCACUACGGCCCAGGGUUAGGUCUGGGAGUCAACCCCAGGGGUCUGGGACCAUUAGAAUUGUGGCAGAUGGACGUCACUCACAUUUCUGAAUUUGGAAGGCUUAAAUAUGUUCAUGUAACUGUGGAUACAUUCAGUAAGUAUAUAUGGGCAACGGCUCAAGCAGGAGAAAGGGUAAUGCAUGUAAUCCGACAUACCACUGCAUGUUUUGCUGUUAUGGGGGUGCCAAGCACCAUUAAGACUGAUAACGGCCCUGCGUAUGUUAGUCAACGGGUGAGACAGUUUUUCCAAACCUGGGGAGUGAAACACAUUACAGGGGUACCACACUCACCGACAGGACAGGCUAUAGUGGAACGAACUCAUCAAGUGUUAAAAUCAUAUUUAAGUAAGAUUUCCGACAUACAGGACCCACAGGAACGGUUGUCUAAGGUAUUGUUUACUAUAAAUCAUUUAUGUAUCUUUGGGGAGGAGAAAGAACCUCCAGCUCGACUACAUCAAGGAAUGGUGGAAACAUCGAAAAGACCGCCGGCAAUGUCCAAUAUGGGUUCCUGCAAAAUGGACUAGAGUGGCUGUUACUCCUAAUAAUCCUGAUGGUGACAGUUCACACAUCGCCAUUGGAUCAAGUGAAUCCACGUCAGAACAUGUGGGUCACCUGGGCGAAUCAGACAGGCCAAGUUGACUUUUGUCUGAGUCUUCAGUCGGUGAGUGAUACAUUCCACACCUGCCUGGUUGGGAUACCAGAUUUUGAUCCUAGUGAUUUCCAGAAAUAUGUCAGCGGGAGCGCCUCCUGUUCCAGCAAAGUGACAUUGGACUGUGCCAUGGACUUGUUAAGUUGGCUCAAAGUCCCUCUUCCCUGGGACCCACAAGAGUUGGAGUUGCUGGGAAGUCAAGCAAUCAGAAACAUCACGAAUGAGAGUUGGACUUGUACUUGUUUUAGCUUUGGGACUAAAUAUCAAGGACUAAGAGGAAUGGAACAAUAUAAAAAUAUGGUUAAGCAGCGGACUGAUGUUUCCCCCGAAGGUGCAUAUAGUCAAUUUGUAGAUCCAAAAGGAAGAUAUUGUGGAUUGGCCAUAGGACAAUUUGGUGGGACUUGGAUGGCCAACUUAUCUGGGUUGAUAUAUGGGGGAAGUAACACUGGUUGGGAACGCGGGACCCCUCAGGGGCCUACUCUGUGGAGCAAUGGGUCUGCUAAAGCUCUACCCAAUAACAUCUUCUUAAUAUGUGGGGAUCGAGCGUGGCAGGGAAUCCCAGCUAACCCAAUUGGGGGGCCAUGUUAUUUAGGGAAAUUGACUUUGUUUGCUCCUCGACAGCAGGACUGGUUAAAAAUUACCAAGUUACGGAAAACAAGAGAUACCCACAACUUAAAAGGAGAUUGGGAUGGUAAAGUACAAUUGUGGUCCAUUACGGCGAAUGUAUUUGCUUCAGCAUUUGUACCUGGGUUGACUGCAGCCCAGGCCUUACGGCAGUUAGAAAAAUUAGUGUGUUGGUCGGAGCAGCAAGCUAAUGUUACUACUGAUGUUAUUGAAAAAUUGUUGGCAGACCAGAAAAGCCUUAGACAUGCCUUAUUGCAAGAUUGUGCAGCUAUUGAUUUUUGCUAUUGGCACAAGGGCACGGAUGUCAAGACUUUGAAGACAUGUGUUGUUUUAAUCUUUCUGAUCAUAGUGAAUCUAUUCACAAAGCUUUGGCAUAUUUAAAGGCUCAGGCUAAGAAUAUUACGGUGGGUUAUAACCCUUUUGAUGAUUGGCUUCAAUCAGCUUUUGGGGGGUUGUCACCUUGGUUGACUAUGUUAAUCAAAGAAGGGUUAAGAUGGGUAUUGAUUAUUUUGCUUUUGCUUAUAAUGUUUAAGAUAGUAUAUAGUUGUAUUAUGAAGGCAGUGCAUAAAUUGACUGACUCAGUCUUGAUUGUGCAAAAACAAAACGGGGGAAUUGUGGAGAAAAAAUGAGGGAGCAUGGACAUGGAUCCUAGGGUAUAACGUUAGACCUGUUGGGGCAAGGCAGCCUGGGCUCUAGUUAUAUGAAUUUAAUGCACAAUCAAGACCAGAGUCAGAGCCAUGGUUAAAGCAGUUGCUGUCACGUAGACAGCAGGCCGCUUUCUGUUCCCUCAAGGUCGGACUGUUUUCGGCUAAAAGUGGAAAACAACUUUGGGGAAAAACAAGAUGGGAAAAUGUGAGGGAGCUUGCUUAUUGCAGAAACCGCAAGUAGGAUGAACAAGAAAAUGUAAUCUAUUAACUGCUGUUGCUGAGCUAGCUUUGAAGCUGCUGUGUAUAUGUUAGAACCUGCUCUCAAUAAAGAAGAUGAUU